AUGUCACCAUUCACUCCAGCCUCUGCAGCUGUGUUCCCACUCCCUUUCCCACUAGUCCCCUCUGAAGCGGUCCAUGCUCCAUCACCGUCUGCAGCGCUGACUCCACUUCAAUCGAAUCCUGCUGCUCUUGUCGCACAGCCUGUACAAUCUGCUGCCAACGAUCUUCUGACCGCUGGGCUUCAUCUGCCACCCUCUUUUCCCCAGUACAUGGGACCCACCGGGCCCAUUGUCAACGUUAGAAACAACCGGAAUAGCACAAACCAGCAACGACAACAGUCCAUCAAUGCUUGCAGUGCUUUUGUACAAAAUCUUGCAAUGGGUUGUAACGGUAAUCAGCCUGUUGUAGUCGAACUCAACAUCCUCAUAGAUCCCUUGUGUUGUCCCAAUGGUAAUUGUCAUCACCCCAACGGUGACAUUCACGCUGAUGACCCCAUGUCUGCCGAGUACAAAAUUCUACUCUCGGACAUCCAACCUCUCAUCGGCUGCCUCCAGUCCCUCCAUCUGGUCCUCCCUGUCAACAUGCACAAGAAUGCCGAAUGUUACGUCGACAUUCAAAAAGCUCUGAUCAAUCAUCAAGCUCACAGCGAUACUCCGAAAAUUCCCGGAUUCAAUCCCGACCCCAAUGCUGAGCCCGAUAACAGUGGAUGCAAAGUGGCUAAGGAGUCGGGGCAGGCUGACGACCCAGGCUUUAAAAGCUAUAUUAUGAUCUACCUACACCCCUCGGCAUCCCCUAUGCCCAGAGUCCGAAAUUGCCCCCUCAAUCCCCACACACCUGAUAUCAAUAAUUAUGCACCUGUUUUGCCCCAGUCGUCUGCAAUGCUGAGUUCAGAACACGAUCCUCCAGCAGAGGUCGGUAAUCCACUGACCACCCAGCCCAUCCAUGUGCUGGCAAGUGAUCGUUCAGCUCAGCGCUCAAUCCAAAUGUUCAUACCCACCCAUCGACCACGCACACCUCCUCCCUUCAUUUGUCCCAAGUGGGAUCACCCUGGAAAAGACCUUCGCCAUGCCCUGCGCACUCAUACCGACACAGAAGAUCUGCUCGUGAUUAUGGCUCAGAGUAUCCCCCAAGCAGCCAAAGUCCUUUGGCACACUCUCCUUCACCUCGGCCGCCUCAAAUUCACCCUGCCUCCCGAUGAAGCUAUCGAUCAUCAUGCUCAUCCAAAACCUCCCCUUCCUGAUGGCGCGACAGUAGAUUCGUGGUGGAAUCCAGCUGGUUUCACUCGUGCAGAGAUACAUAUUCACAACAAAUCAGCGAUGGGAAACAGCCUGCUGAAGGGGACCUUGACCCUCAUUCUGGAACAGCUCCUUGAUCCUACUCAUCCCGACAGCUGCUACAGUUUGCUUCCCGGUGGAUCGCUAUACCUAUACCCCCGCAUGCCGGUUUACGAUCUUACAGUGGACCAGUCUGCAUUCUGGUGGUCACAGGGCUUCUUCCUCGCCCUGUGGAUCCUCUCGACUCAACAAGCACCCCUGCCCCUGUUCGCACCCAUUAUACAUGCUCUCCUUGCCAAAAGGAUUGAACAGUGUCGUUACCAGCUAGACCAAUGGCCCACCGCAGCCAUCAACGACAUCGAUCCCUGCCUAGCAGAGUUUCUCCAACCUUGGUUAGACCUGCAGAAAACACAACCCAUCUCCACCCACGCCAGUAAACUUGAUCGACUUCGCGAGCCCGUGCCAGUGUUUCUCAUGGAACAUUGCGCAGGCAUUGUCUCUCCUAGUGAGCUCACGUUUCGAUGGGUUAUCUUCCGGAGUAAUGCUUUCAAUGCCCUUGUUGAGUCGCCUUUGCAGUCGUCCCUCAUCCAAUGCACGGCCAAAGUGGUGCACAAGUCUGAAUUCCUAUUCAUAUAUUGGCUGUUCAACCGCAAACUCGAGAGUCUGGCCCAACUCCAGCCAUAUCUCAACUACGACAACAGUCAGAUCAUUUCCACCGAACAGGGCAAAUUGCAGAUCGGUGGUGACGAGCUUCUCGCAGACCUUGUCCUCACUCGUUUUCGGCUCGCACUAGAGAUGUACCUCCACAAGGACGUGGUCGGCAGAGGUACACAACUCCUCAAAACUAUGACGUCCUGUCCAUAUCUUCCCGCCAGCGAACAUGACAAGAUCACGUUCAAAUUCGUGCUGCUCGAUCCCAACAGCGACAUUAAAAAACCGUCAGGCUCCAAGCUCCUGUACAACUUCGUGCAUGCCUGUUGGUCAAGCACUGAUAUCGGGUUCAAUGGCCAUCUGGUUCAGUUGUUGGCCACAGGCUGA